AAAGAAGCACGUGCAUUUGGUGUGGCACGCGCUGUGCUUGUAACAGGUAGUGUGUUAUUGUUCGUUAAUUGUACAGAAACUCUACCAUGGCCGGUCCUGACCUCUGGGUUGGUUAAACACACGUAAAACAAGUGCUCAGACUGUUAAUCAACGACAUCAACUAACACUGAAACUUUAUCAAUAAUGGAUCGUUGUGAAAACUGGUUUGGCAAAGGAUCUAUUCGAAACAGCUCUCAUGAGCAAGGGAACUUUAUGGACCGGUUCAUCCCCUAUCGACCAGAGCUCAAUGUGGAGAGCGCGCACAUGCAGCUUUUUGCUCGUAGCCCCAAUGGGAAGACUUUGCAGGGUGGGGUCGAAUCUCCAGGGGUGAAGGAAUACAGUCGGCGCCUGUCCGUGGUUCUAAAUGAACAGCACGGAAUUCUCCCGACCCACGGGUGUGGAACAACGUGCAACUCGCCAUGUCGACCCACGACCACAAGAAGGUCCUCUGCCCCCUGGAUGAUGGACCUGGGAGACGAGGUGUUCAGCUCCCCUGCCCCCCGGGCGGUCAAGCGUCACGUGGCCACGGCCCCGGACAGAGUGUUAGACAUGCCUGGCCUCAGAGAUGAUUUUUAUUGUAACGUAUUAGACUGGGGCCCCAACGGCUGCAUCGCUGUAGCGCUGGGAGCCAACACCUACGUGUGGAACGUCAAGAACGAGGAGUGCAAGCGACUUCGCCUACAUCUGCCCGAGCUAGACGACUUCUACGUGUCCUCCGUGGCCUGGAGCAAGGUGGGGGAGACGCUGGCCAUAGGGACGUGUCAGGGGGACAUUCUGCUAUGGGAUGCUACAAGUAUGAAAGUUGUCAAGAAUUUCCGAACACGUGACCACUGCCACGUGGGAAGUCUGUCCUGGUCCAGAGAUAAGCUGAUAAGUGGAUCGCGCAAGGGUAGAAUUUCAAUCUACGACCCACGUGACCCCGUGGUGUGCAGCAGUUUGAGUGGUCAUAAGCGUGACGUCACGAAUCUGAAGUUGUCCCCGGAUGAAGAAUUCCUGGCAAGCGGAGGGGAUGAUGGGAUUGUAAACAUUUGGAGCAUGCGCAACAACUGCGUCUACAGACGGAUUGAGUCGCACAAGGCCUGCGCAAAGGCACUUGCGUGGUGUCCAUGGCGACCAAGUGUGAUAGCGAGCGGGGGCGGUUCAAAUGAUGGCCACAUCCGCCUGUGGCACGUGCAUACCGGAGAAAAACUGACGGAAGUGGAUACGAAAUCUCAGGUGUGCAGCCUCAUGUGGUCGUCUGUGUGUCACGAGCUGGUGUCCAGUCACGGCGUGCCGAAUGCCGACAAGAACAACAUCCACCUCUGGCGGACACGUCUGAUGAAACUGGAGCAGACGACACGACUGCAGCAGCACAGCAGACGACCGCUGCAUCUGGCAAUCAGCCCCGACGGGACAACUCUAGCAUCCCUGGGAGCAGACGAGAAUCUCUGUUUAUGGAGGUGCUUCCCGUCGCCCACACCAAAGAGUUCUUCCUCCGAUCACGACUCGCCGCUCCAGCUCACCAAGUCCAUCCGCUGAACAUCAGACACCUCAACGUUGAAAACGUAAUCAAUAAACAUAAUUACUAUUCCUACACUCAUAGCAAAUGAAAUGGUAUAUGUCCACGUGUUUCCAUGAGACGUUGACCAAGAUGCGUGGCUUCAGAUUUCAUUGAAUUUUGAUAUGUUAUUUACAAUUCAUUUAAAAAGGUUUUUUUCAUUGCAUAACUUAUGACUGUUUUGUUUUCCGCGCUAUUUGUUUGUUAUAUGGGAAGAGGGGUGAAUAUAUUCUUCCUAUACUACUUCCUGUACAACUGUUAACAGGAGGUUGCGACCCUGUAGAGUCAAGAUUGUGCUACGGACAAAAUUAUUUUCGUUUGUAAUCUUUCAAUACCCAAUCCACUUUAACUACAAUGGAAUUUUGAUGGUUUGAAAUAUGUUGCAAAAUUGUUUAUUUUUGUUGUAUCACUAAGUGUUUCCCUGGCAGAUAUUCCUUUUAUUAUUGACCAAAAACUUUUUGUAUGUCCGCCAUUUGACGCAUACACGACAUGGUAGCUAGCUGUGUUGUUUGUUGUCAAAACUGAACAACGUUUUGUAAACUAAAUAAGAAACUAUUCUACGUUCAAUAAACAUCUCUAUUGUUAA